UGCGGGCCCCCUGGCGGUGGCCGGCCGGGCUGAGGAGGGGAGGGUGUCCGUGGCGGACAAUGGCGGCCGCCUCGCUGUGGAAGGGGCUGGUGGGGAUCGGACUCUUCGCCUUGGCCCACGCGGCCUUCUCCGCUGCGCAGCAUCGUUCCUAUAUGAGAUUAACAGAAAAGGAAGAUGAAACAUUACCGAUAGAUAUAGUUCUUCAAACACUGUUGGCCUUUGCAAUUACGUGUUAUGGAAUAGUACAUAUUGCAGGAGAAUUUAAAGACAUGGAUGCCACUUCAGAACUAAAAAAUAAGACAUUUGACACAUUAAGGAACCAUCCAUCUUUUUACGUAUUUAAUCAUCGUGGUAGAGUAUUGUUCCAGCCUCCAGAUAUAGUGAAUUCUUCUUCAAACCAAGAUGUUUUGUCAUCCAGCGCGUCACUGAAGUUACGAAAACUUGAACCUCUGCGCCGUUAAGAUUUUUACAGAUUAUAAUAGAACAGGACACUGAGAUGUAAUAUUGGAGUUUGGGGUGUAAACACUUUUUUUAAUUUCUGGAGCAGUAUUUAUAUUGACCUUCCAGACUUUAUAAAAUAUAUAUAUAACUAAGGACCUUCUUUGUACACUGUUAAUGAAAAUGACUGAAUUGUGACUUGGCAAUGGAGUGUAAGUUAUUGCUACAAUUACGCUGUGAAACAUCUUUGAACUUUCAUAUAUUAAACAAUGUUGCGGUUGAUUUUUUCAUUUAAAACUAUUCCUAUCCUUAAGAAAAGGCAAAUAAGUUUUUAUUGCAAUGAAUAUUGUUUGAAAAGAGGGAAUGCUUUCGUGCUAUUUAUUUUCUUGUUUGCUUGCAUUACCCUUUAUGGAACUCCUUCAGAAACAGUGGGUGCACUGCAGCAUGAAAAGAUAGAGGAGAGGAAGCUAUCUGUCUCCUGUUCCUAGAAAGUCUAAGAUGCACCUUUUGGUGUAUGUUUGUGAAACUCAAAAGAAUGCUUUCAUUCUUACAAUGCUAGAAAAAAAUGGUUAUGUCUGACAGUUUUUUAACUCUUCGUUAUCAAGUUAUUGCUUUCUAGUUCUCCUCCUGUUUAAAAGUAGAUUCUCUCCUCCUCCUCCCAAAAUUAUCGGGGACUCUACAUCUGCUAUAUGUAGGAGGGAGAUGGCUUGCUUCUUUUUGGAUAAUCUAAUAUGUUCAGCUCGUUUAUUCAUUGUAUGUGUAUUGCUGUCUUUGCUUGUGUAUACAGGAACAUUCAUGAAA